UACCUGUCAGACCUGAGCCAGCAGCCAGGGCAGCCAGAGGAGCGCAGGCAGGGCUUCCUGCCGGGAGCCGGGCUGCCGGGCCAUGCUCUGGGCGCUCUGGCCCAGGUGGCUGACAGGCCAGGCGCUGCCCCUCGUGGGUGCAGUGUUGCUGCAGAAGAGACAGAAGAGGGAACCUCAGCGGAGGCGGUGGCGGCGGGAGACACACCCAUACUAUGACCUCCAGGUGAAGGUGCUGAGGGCCAAAAAUAUCCGGGGCACAGACCUGUUGUCCAAAGCCGACUGCUACGUGCAGCUGUGCCUGCACACAGCGUCCCCCAGCCCCGCCCAGACAAGGGUGGUAGCCAACUGCCGGGACCCCGAAUGGAACGAAACCUUCCACUACCGGCUCCACGGCGCCGUGAAGAACGUCCUGGAACUCACCCUCUAUGACAAGGACGUCCUGGACAAUGACCAGCUCUCCCAGCUGCUGUUUGACCUGAGGAGCCUCAAGCCCCACCAACCGCACAGACACACCUUCUCACUCAGCCACCAGGAUUCACAAGAGCUGCAGGUGGAAUUUGUUUUGGAGGACAGCCAGGUGCCGGCGUCUGAAGUCAUCACCAAUGGGGUCCUGGUGGCUCAGCCCUGUCUGAGAAUCCAGGGCACCCUCAGUGGAGAUGGGACAGCCCCACAUCAAGAGUAUGGCUCCAGGCAGAUUCGGCUGGCAGUGCCCGGGGCCCACGAGAAGCCCCAGCUCUUGCCCCUGCAGCCUCCCCUGCAGGCAGACCUCCCCGCCACGUUUACCUUUCACGCGAACCCAGUGCUCAGCUCCAGGCUGGAGGUGGAGCUGAGAGAGAAGCUCACGGUCCUGCAGAACGACCCAAGUGCUGAGCUGGAGGUCCAGACCAGCAAGCUGGGCCAGGGGGACAUCCUGCUCUCCUCUCUGGCCCUCGGUCAGGAGCAGCAGCAUGUCGUGGCCCUGGGGGAGGGCCAGGAGGUGGCUAUGAGUGUGAAGGCAGAAGUGAGCUCUGGGGACCUGGACCUGCGUCUUGGCUUUGACCUCUGUGACGGGGAACAGGAGUUUCUGGAUAAGAGGAAGCACGUCGUGUCCAAGGCCCUCCAGCAGGUGCUGGGAUUGAGCCAGGCUCCCGACAGUAACCAGGUGCCUGUGGUGGCUGUGCUGGCUUCGGGAGGUGGAACCCGAGCCAUGUCUUCACUCUACGGCAGCCUGGCCGGGCUACAGGAGCUCGGCGUCCUGGACACUGUGACCUAUCUGAGCGGAGUCUCUGGGUCCACCUGGUGCAUCUCCACACUCUACAAGGACCCAGCCUGGUCCCAGGUGGCCUUGCAGGGCCCUAUUGAGCGUGCCCAGGCUCGGGUCUGCAGCAGUAAGAUGGGGGCAAUGUCCAUGGAACGCCUGCAGUACUAUGCCCAGGAACUGGGGAUCCGGGAAAGCAGUGGCCACAGCGCUUCCCUCAUCGACCUCUGGGGGCUUCUCGUUGAAUAUUUCUUAUACCAGGAGGAAAAUCCUGCCAAGCUGUCUGACCAGCAGGAGGCGGUCAGCCAGGGCCAGAACCCUUACCCCAUCUACGCCAGUGUCAACGUCCGCGGCAACAUCAGUGGGGAAGACUUUGCAGAGUGGUGCGAGUUCACCCCCCACGAGGUCGGCUUACCCAAGUAUGGCGCUUAUGUUCCCACUGAGCUCUUUAGCUCAGAGUUCUUCAUGGGGCGACUGCUGCAGCUCCGCCCCGAGCCCCGGAUUUGCUACCUGCAGGGUAUAUGGGGCAGCGCCUUUGCAGCCAGCCUGGAUGAGGUCUUCCUGAAGACCGCCGGCUCGGGCCUCGGCUUCCUCCAGAGGUGCAGAAGCAGUGUAAACAUCACAGACGACUGCCAGAAGCUCCAGCUGCACGACCCAGAGAGGCUGCAAACCAGGCUCUUCACCCUCCAAGGGCCCUUCUCCCAGGCUGUGCUGGGCAUAUUCACCUACCGCUUUACCUCAGCCCAGAACUCGAACUUCACCAAGGGCCUCUGCCUGCACAAGGACUAUGUGUCUGACAGGGAGUUUUUGGCCUGGAAAGAUUCGCACCCGGAUGCCUUCCCCAACCAGCUCACUCCCAUGCGGGACUGUCUGUACCUGGUGGACGGAGGCUUUGCCAUCAACUCUCCGUUCCCGCUGAGCCUGCAGCCGCAGAGAGCCGUGGACCUCAUUCUGUCCUUCGACUACUCCCUGGACGCCCCUUUUGAGAUGACAGGGAAGUACUGCCUGGACCGAGGCAUCUCCUUCCCCAGCACUGAGGUGCCCCCUGAGGACUUGAAGGACCCCCGUGAAUGCUACCUGUUUGCCAAGGCCGAGGACCUGCGCUCACCCAUCGUGCUGCACUUCCCCCUGGUCAACCGUACCUUCCGCACACACCUGGCCCCAGGUGUGGAACGACAAACGGAUGAGGAGAAAGCCUGUGGGGACUUUGUCAUCAGUGGGCCAGACACCCCCUAUGGCAUGAUGAACUUCACCUACGAGCCCCAGGAGUUUGAGCGGCUGGUGGCCCUGUGUCGAUACAACGUUCUGAACAACGUGGAGACUGUGCGGCAGGCCCUCCGGCUGGCUCUGGACCAGCGACAGGCUAGGGACAGGGCUGGAGGCUGACCCGGGCUGGAAUCGGGGGACUGGGACAGAGGAGGGACUGUGGGCUCCGGACCAGGGCCUGGUAGAGGGAGGGGUGGUGGACCCUGUGGGAUGAUAUCCCCUCUUGGCUGGGCUCCAGCUGGUGGGUCCCCCUGCUAAUUACUCAUCUUCGCUCUUUAAACUUGGGUCACAUUCUCUUAUCAGGGGUACAGCUGCCACCUCGUGCAAAUAGUCUCACCCUUCCCAGAAGCUAAAUGGGUGUGUCUAGAGGGCGUAUCCAUUGAUCAGGGGCAGAGUGAACGUGAACCUGCAUGUGUGUACGUGUUCCUAGUGGGGACCUGUCAGCUGCCAGGGAUGGGCAGAGGUAGAGGAAGCCUGGCUGGGAACUCAGAGGCCCGGGUUCCUGCCUUUUUCACAGAUGCACCCCCGCGAUCUGGGGGAUCUGUUUAUCAUUUCUUCUGACCCACCCGGGACCUUCCAAAUAUCUGGAGCCUCUCCAGCAUGGGCAGAUUUUAGGUGUGUGGAAAGGAGAUCCACCCUGACUGGGCUUAGCGUGGAGGUCUUCAGGCCCUCUCCCUCUGGCUAGGGCCUCUGCGGCCUCUUCUCACCCACACCCCACCCAGCGCUGAGCCUCCUGGGGCCCUUCAGUGGCCCGGCUGCCAUAUUCACUACUCACUCGACACUCCCCUCUGCCAGGAGUGCUCUCUUUGGCUACAGCCCCUCCCUCAAUCUCUCUCUCUGUCUCUCUCUGUCUCUCUCUCUCUCUCUCACACACACACACACACACACAAACACACACACACACACACACACGCAUGCUCUCCAGGGCCAAAGUCACAAUUCCUCUUCUAAUCAGGGAACUUAUGUGACAAAGCCUCACCCAUCCUGACUCUGGGAAGAAGGCCCUAGUUCUGGCUCCCAGCUGGGAGGAAGGUGUCUAGAUCCUAGCCUGUGCCCCCAGCCUGGCCUGGGACCCCAGGCCUCCAGCUGGACAUGAACCGGGGGGGCUGAGGGAGCUGGGCCUCAAAAGAGCCAGUGCUUUUUGCUGGCAUGGGGUCGGGGUAGCUUGGUUCUCUCAUGCCUGCUCACUGGGGACAAUUGCUCUUGAGAUAGGCUAACUGGCUAGCUGGUGUUUACACAUCUUUUAUGACUCUUUAUCCUUUGACCUGCUGUCUUCCUUUUGGGUUUAUCUUUCUUUUUGUUGGAGUGCAAAAUUGAAUAGUUCUAUAGUGGAGGAUCUGUGGAAUGUAAACCUUCUGAGUCCUGAUAUGUCUGGAAUUGUCCUUUCUUGCCCUGACUUAUAAUAGUCUGGAUUAGGGUAGAAUUCUUGGUUCAGGCUUACAUCUACUCAGAUUUUAAUGCCUCUUUGCAUUGCAUAUUGCCAAUGGGCAGCCUGAUGUCAGCUGAAUUCUCAUCCUAUUGUAGGUAAUUUAUCUUUACCUAAUUUUUAGUGUUUUCUCUUUGUCUUCGAUUUUCAAAAGUUUCACUAUGAUUUUUCUAAAGUGGGAACUUAAAAAAAAUCAGUGACCUCUUUCGAUUUCGAGAUUCAUGUCUUUUUGAAGCGCUAAGAAAUUAUCUACCAAUUGUAUCAAAACACUACUCUUCUUCAUUCUCUCUUUCUGGAUUCCUAUUAAAUGGAUAUUGAAAUGUA